AUGCUGCCCCCAUCCAACCUCAUAGAUAUGCCCGGAUGCAUGUUACCGACCAGUGUGUACCUGUCAAGGACCAUUCCGUCUGGCCCAAGCCCAGCCCGUUUGAGAGCAAGCUCCACUUCGUCCCUGGACAUCGUCCCCUUGGACCACCGUGCAGCAGGGGUCGCCGCCGCCGCCGCCGACCGGUUCCAGCCCAUCGCGCGGCUCAAACCGGCUCCCUACGAGGCGCACCCGUUGGCCGAUAUCCGCUUCUAUCUGGAAGCCUCGCGCGACGGCCUCCUCCUCCUCUCCGUCCAGUAUAACGAGCUCUGCAUCUGCAACCCGGCGACUCGACAGCAUGCUCCCCUCCACCACCUCCAUGGCUUCAGUCCUCUCGAGAUGUACCCUCACCACCUGUUGCUGCACCGACAGGGUGAGAUUCAACCUGCCAUGCACGUUUUCACAAUAGGCUCCGGGCAGCCGCCAAGAUUGUUGCCGAACCAAGUGGACGAUUGCGCCCGACACCUAUUCAAUGGCAGCAUAUCAUGGUGCAGAAACAGGCUCCUAUUCCAAGGUAGCAUAUACUGGUGCACAGACAGUGGAGUGGUGGUGUUCAACACCACCACCGAGGCGUUCCGACGGAUCCAUGCCCCGGUUGCUCGUCGCGAGGCUAAACUGUUUGAGACGGGCGACAUGCUUGGCAUCUACUUCUAUCACAUCGAAAAGGCAGCCGUUGAUAUCUGGGUGAUGCGCGGCUACCAGAGCGAGGUCUGGGAUUUCAAGUGUCGGGUUGAAUUGCCGCUUGUGCAGAUCUGGCAGCAGUGUCAGUGCCUCCCCGACGGAGAGCUCGUGAUGGUUGUGCCUGGGGACAACGGUGAGUUGCUCGUUCUCAUCAGGUGGGAUGACUGGCUGUUGCAGAUUGAUAUCGAUGGCAAGUUGAUUGCCAGUUUCCAGCCCAGAGGCAUCAAUUUUACUCCUUAUUUGCUGAAGCAAACUCUCGUUCAACAUACCUUCUUUCCGACACUAGAGGGUUACGUUGUCAACGCCUUGCCUUUCAUCUCACCAGACGGUUAUGUUGGCAAUUCAGUGUGCUAAUGGUUCUUGUCGGCCUAGCUCUCCGUACCCACAUGAGCUCCACUCUGUAUUAACUAGAUCAACUAUUAAGCUUCUUUCUUGAUGUGUAUUAACAAGUACAA